AUGGCUAAGGAACUUGCAGCCAAGGCUAAAGAGGCUUUCGUAGAUGACGACUUCGAUGUUGCUGUUGACUUAUACUCCAAAGCCAUUGACUUGGAUCCUAAUUGCGCAGAGUUCUUCGCUGAUCGUGCUCAGGCCAACAUCAAACUCCAAAACUUCACUGCAGAAGCAGUGGCAGAUGCUAACAAAGCUAUUGAGUUGGAUCCUUUAUUGACCAAAGCUUACUUAAGAAAAGGGUAUUUUUUUUUUUUAAUAUUGUGUCUUGAAGAAUAUAGAACUGCGAAAACAUCUCUUGAAAAGGGUGGUUCCAUUGCACCAACUAGUGAACCAAAAUUCAAUAAGCUGAUAGAUGAAUGCAACCUUCGAAUCUCCGUUUCUUUGCUUAGAAGAAGAGAAAGAUUGGUUCAACCAGUGCCAUCUCCACAAGUAAAAGCUGAUCUCACCCCUGUGCCUUCAGCACCGGCCAAACCAAAGUUCAGACACGAAUACUACCAAAAGCCAGAAGAAGUUGUGGUAACUAUUUUCGCAAAAGGGAUACCGAAACAGAGUGUUAAUAUAGACUUUGGUGAACAAAUUCUGAGUAUUGUGAUUGAUGUUCCUGGAGAGGAACAGUAUCAUCUCCAACCGAGAUUAUUUGGAAAGAUAGUACCAGAGAAGUGCAGAUAUGAAGUACUAUCAACCAAAAUUGAGAUCCGUCUUGCAAAAGCAGAGAUCAUCACGUGGGCCUCUCUUGAACACGGCAAAGGGCCAGCGGUUUUGCCAAAGCCAAACGUCUCAACAGAAGUUUCGAAGAGACCGGCAUAUCCUUCUUCCAAGAAAGUGAAAGACUGGGACAAGCUUGAAGCUGAAGUAAAGAAACAGGAGAAGGAUGAGAAGCUGGAAGGAGACGCUGCUUUGAACAAGUUCGUCCGUGAGAUAUAUUCAAAUGCUGAUGAGGAUAUGAGACGUGCUAUGAGCAAAUCCUUUGUUGAAUCGAAUGGGACAGUGCUGUCGACAAACUGGAAAGAGGUUGGAGGAAAGACAAUAGAGAGCACUCCUCCGGAUGGUAUGGAGCUCAAGAAGUGGGAGAUCUAA